UGGAGGGAGGAGCCUGACUGCCCUAUCAGGGUGACUUUGCACUAAACAUUGAAGCUGGCUUCCCAUAAAUCCUCAUUCGGCGUGCACGUUGUGUAGUAGGAAGUACAGGAUCUCCUAAAGACUCCUCUGUCUGGAAGGCAUAAAGUUCCACCAACAUGGCAGACGCAGCACCCUCAUUCGGUAUUUGCCUUUUGUCAUGUGCUCUGUUCUUCAGCGCAGCACAGGCUGGGAAGAUCCUGGUUAUACCCGUGGAAGGAAGUCAUUGGAUUAAUAUCAAGGUCCUUAUGAUGGAGCUGAUCCAGAGAGGACAUGAGCUGACGGUCAUCCGACCCUCUAACAGCUUGUACAUUGAUGAGACAUCAGAACACUUCAAGGUGGAGAACGUUCCCAUGUCUGACACACAAAUAAUGAGUCGGAAGGAAUUCGAGGAGUAUGCCAUGAACUGGGUUUUUCAUCAAGCUUUCGCCAAACAUUCUUCUUCUUUUUCUGUGGCCUGGGAGUUUAUUGGAGCCCUUCAGACUGGGACUCAGAUGUCCACAGUUGCCCUCGGGGCAAUAUUUGAGAACAAAGAGGUCAUGGAGCGUUUGACCAAUGCUGGCUUUGACUUGAUACUGGCCGAUCCUUACAAUGUGGCUGGAGUCAUGUUGGCUCACCACUUGAAGCUUCCCAUAGUAUUUUUCGGGAGGUGGAUGCCCACUGAAGAUAUACACUUUGCUAUUGCCCCAUCUCCGCUUUCCUAUGUGCCCGUGAUAAACUCUCGAGUCACAGACAAAAUGGCCUUCCACGAAAGAGUUAAAAAUGUGGCCCUUUAUUACCUAUACCUGGGUGCCGCCCACCUCCUUAUUUACCCGGCUUAUGACAAACUGGCUCAGCGCUAUCUCAAUACCGACAUUGGAGUUUUUGAGAUGUACAAGAGGGCUGAUAUCUAUUUGAUGAAAGUGGACUUUGUGUUCGAGUUCCCAAGGCCAACCAUGCCCAACGCCAUGUAUAUUGGUGGCUUUCAGUGCAGACCACCUAAACCUCUUCCUGAAGAUAUCCAACGAUUCAUGGACAGCUCGGAGCAAGGAGUGGUAGUCUUUUCCUUGGGUACCAUUAUUAAAAAGCUUCCUCUUCACAUCGCCCGGGAAUUUGCAGCAGGCCUGGCCCAACUCAAGGAACGAGUCAUUUGGCGGUACUCCGGAGAACCUCUAGACACCUUGGGAAAUAACACUAUGACUGUUGACUGGCUUCCACAGAAUGACCUCCUCAGUCACCCCAACACCAAGGUGUUCCUGGCACACGGAGGCGAGAACGGUGUCUAUGAGGCCUUGUACCACGGUGUCCCCAUAGUUGGAUUUCCACUGUUCGGUGACCAGUAUGAAAACCUGCUGCGUCUAAAGACGAGAGGGGCUGCAGUUCUUCUAGAGAAUCUGCAAGAUCUAACUGCCAAAGAUAUAUUUGAUGCAGUGCGCACAGUAAUUGAUGACCCGUCCUACAGCCAGGCCAUGAGGCACCUUUCUGAGUUACACCGAGACACCCCUGUGCCCCCGAGAGACCUGGCUGUGUUCUGGACAGAGUUUGUCAUGCGCCAUAAAGGAGCACGUCACCUGCAGCCUGCAGCCAAUGACCUGGCCUGGUACCAGUAUCAUUUACUAGAUGUCACUGGCUUUCUGCUUGUCACAGUAUUUGUGUCUUUGUGUAUAACAAUAAAAAUCUUUCGAGCGGUGCUGAGGACCUUCUGCUGCCGGAAGCAGAACAAACAAAAGCAGAAAAAGUCAUAAGAUGAUCUUUACAUGGAAGCGGCCACUGGUGGGAGAACCACGUCUGAAAUGUUUUCUAGAAAGUUUCACCGAAAAGCCAAAGACAAUCUGGAAGACAAAGUACGAAACGCGUAACAGCAGACAUCACGUGGACACAUCAGAGUGGAUACUGGUAUGGCUCCAUGCCUAGUCUGGGCAAGGUCAGAAGGCUUGUCCACCCAAAGUGAUAUUCCCAUUUUGGGUGGAUGCUGGAAGGCUGAAUCCCCCACCAGUUUCUUAUUUGUGAAGAAUACCUACAAAAAGAUCUCCAUGCUGAGCUUCCCCUCCAGCAUUGUGGGGUCUCGGUUCUUCUACUGCUUCUUUAUGAUGUCUAAUAAAAUCAAAGUGAAGAAUGUGA